AUGCUCGUUGAGAACCACGGGACUCGCUGUCUGGACACCACGCUGGAAACAGCGGUAUGGGCUGAGGAGGAGAAGAAAAGCGAUUUGCUGAUUUGCUGCUUCCGGAGACACAUUAACAUUGCUGUUGCUAGCCUGGCUCCAAUUGAGGCUGAUUGGCCUCCACACCUGCUGGCCGUUAUGCGUCCCGGGGCCUAUAAAGACAGUCUGAAAAGGCUGGGCGGGUCCAUUUAA